AUCGAAACAUGAGUUGACAGAGAACAUUUACAUGGAGCCUUACAAAACUGCUGAACCAGAUCGCAAUCUAUUUGAAUUUCACAUCUCAAAAGCAACUCUAAACACUCUACGCAUGUAGUUUCGUUUUUUUCCUUGAGACUCUGUGCUUUGCUGGAUUGAUUGUUUUGUAUGUUUUGCUUGUGUUACCAUAGCAACUACUCGGUUUCUUUUGCGUUCACUGCUUAUUUCUCGUUUAUGUGAGGUAACGAAUGAUGGCCAGCGGAUCAAAAUAUAAGGAGCCCAGAGUCAAUCACUACAGAACAGAGACACGACAAUUAAUACAAAUGAUGAUGCAGGAGUCUCGUCUAACAGACUUUCAGCAGAGGCAGAUCAAUAAUCAGCUGAAAAAUGGCGGCGCUCUUCCACUAGCAUUUGAUCUCACGCCGCUUGUGCCCAGUGUUCAGUCAGAGCCCAGAGUCACUAGAGUGACCGCACUGAUUGGUCAGCAGCAGAGACGCAGUGCAGAAAGAUGCUGUGCUGGAGAUAAUUACAAACGAGAACAGUUCAAGCCUAAAGCAAUACGAGAUCUAGAGAAAGAGAAGAGACAGCUACAAAAUCUUUUUUCUACUGGUCAAAAGGAUGUUCGGCCAACUCACUACCAAAGAGAUUCCACAGAGAGAAAAGAGCAACGGAUAGAUCGAUUCCAAGAGGUUCUGGAUGAUAUUGAGGAGAGGAGGCAGUUUUUAGAGGACAUGAUGGCAGUGGGAAAAGGUCACCAAUACCAACACCUCAUCAACACAGAGAUUUCCCAGAAAAUCCAUGAACUUGAAAAGAUUGACAGGAAACGCAGUGAAGAACUAAGCACACUCAAGCUAGAUGGAAAAAAGGAACAAAGCAAAGAGAGAUAGAGAAGGUGAAAAUAUGAGUUGUUAGAUAUCUAUGAGCAUUAAAAUUACUUUCAAAAGAGGUCAAAACUUCAGAGGGUUUUCUUUUAAGUAGAUUUAUUUUUAAUGUCCUCCAUCCUAAAAGCACAGACUGUUUUAGAGAAAACAGAAAGCCCUUGGAGUUGAUCAGGCACACAUACACUCUGACAGAACAAGCACAAUACUGAAAUCUGAUAAAUUAAAUUAAACACCCAAAUACUUGGAGAAGACGCACAAACUGAAAUGUCAACAAAAUAGUUAAAGACACUCAACAGCCAAUGCUAGGACAUAUGCAUAAAUUAAAUAGAUUAAAGGCACUCCUUCAGAAAUACACUCCUGCUUGGGUUUACAGAGAUUAAGGCCCAACACACAACAUGUGACAUUCUACAGUGAAAAUAAACCAUUUUAAAUUAAAACUUAAUAUUGCAUAAUCUUCUUCCAGGGUCUCUAAAGUGUGAGGAACAUCUAUUAUUGCUUAACAUGAAAAACCUUACAGUUAACAUUUUGUGUGUUUGCGUUGAGUUAUAGUUUAUAUAUUUUUUUGUUCUUUUAUUAAAGGGGUUUAGACUUAACUCUUAUUUUAAUGUUCACCUGUCAUCGAUUCUUCAGACUGAACAGCUGUCUGGUCAGUCUGUAACAAGCUCAAAGUUAAUUUACAAGUUUGAUGGUUUCUUACACUUUUAGAUAGGUUAACCUAAAUUUGACACUCAGCUUUUGCUAGUAUGAAGUUAUGCUGUGAACUAAUA